CGGCAAGUGGGUACAGGCAGGCGUACAGGUGACCGAAGCAUGAUUCACGGUGACAACAGCCUACAACAGUCUUCAACAGCUCAACAGCUCAACACAACCUCGUCCACGUCUUGCGCCUUGACACGCUAGCUAUUUCGGCAAAGAACUUGAGAGGUCUCGAAUCAUGUCACACCGAAAUCCUACGGACGACCCGGAAGAUGAAGACUUGGACGAUCUGGAUGACAUCCUCCCGACCUUUUCAAAACCCGUACCUGCGCCUCCGCCCCCGAAUCCCACUCAUACCAAGACCACAGCUCCUGCUUCCAAUCGGACGACAAACGAACCCACAGCACAAGAUGGAGAGGAAGAUGUAGAUCCAGAGUUCGAAGCAGAGCUAGCGAGAGGUAUGGAGUCUCUCCUGCGGGAACUCGGGAUGGGAGGUCCUACCACAAAUACUGGCCCAAUUGGAACAUCCACCUCGGCACCGAAUCAAGCUCACUCCGAAACAGGGGAACCGGAUGAAGCUCAAAUGCAAGCCCUUCUCGAUAAACUCCUCUCUGGUAAUAUGGACGACCUCGACCUCGGUUCGUUCGGUGUACCUUCUACCGAUACCGCCAGCAAGAGCGCGAGUACAAGCAAAUCAGAAUCAAAUGGCGGAUCAUCUCGACCACAGGCCACAGGGACAGCAAAGUCAGACAGAAUAACACCAUCGGGAACCAGUAAAGAUCAGGGGUUAUCGUUCGAAGAGACGAUCGAGCGGACGAUGAGGAAUCUCAAGGAAGGUGCAGAUGAUGCUAAGAAGAGCAAGCCCGCAGCUCAAGACCCCCUGAUGGCUCUGCUCGCUCAACUGACUUCGAACCCGAACGCUUUAGGAGAUCUCGAUCUCGACGGGCUAGACCUCUCCGCCCUAAGCGCCAGUCUAGGUCUUGACGGAAAAGCUGGAGGAGCUCUGGGAGAAGGUGGAGACGAAGGGAUGGGCGGGGUGUUGGAUGGGAUGAUGAGAGGGUUGAUGACCAAGGAGAUUCUGAUGGAGCCAUUGGAAGAGUUGGCAGAGAAGUACCCUCCCUACCUGACCGCCCAAAGAAGCAACCCAACAAUCCCCCCCACCCAAUUGUCAAACUACGAGACCCAAUCGCAAAUAAUAUCCCAAAUCCUGGAUCUCUUCCGACGACCGGGUUAUUCAGAUGACGAUGAGGAGAAGAGGAAAGAGGUCUAUGACCUCAUGUGUCGGAUGCAGGAGAUGGGGAGUCCGCCCGAAGAGGUCAUGGGGGAGAUGCCGGAGGGUUUGGGUUUCGGGGAUGAGGCAUGUACCAUCAUGUGAUCGGAUGCCUGUAUCAGUGAUUCAGGGCUAUACAAUGGGUGUGUUUGACGGUCAACGGAGUUGUAUAUCAAUCGCAUGGUCUGUCGAUGUUGUCUCGAGGUAUGGAGAGCUAUACAUAUACGCAUUUCAUGGGAGUCGAAACCUGAAC